AAAAGUUUGAAAGAGGGCUGAGCUUCACAAUUGCACUAUUCCACUCCAGUAGUUUAGCGGGAGCGUUCCAAGAGCAUUUACUUUUGGGAACCAAAUUUCAAGCUCCCCCAUUAGGUCAGCUUUGAUUGGUCGGUUCAGCGAUGGCCCCCUUCUCUCUGCUGAGCUUCCUGGCGUGUUCGUUGGUGCUGUGCUUGACGGUUGCCGAGGAACCGGCGGACAAGCCUGUCAUUCAGCUGCGUUUGGCGGGGAACAAACGCAAGCACAACGAGGGACGCGUGGAACUCUACUACAGCGGCGAGUGGGGCACGGUCUGUGACGACGACUUCUCCAUCUACGCCGCCCACGUGGUCUGCAGGCAGCUGGGAUACAUGGAGGCCAAGGCCUGGUCGCCCUCCUCGAAGUACGGCCGAGGAGAAGGCCGGAUCUGGAUGGACAAUGUCCACUGCAAUGGACAUGAGUCAUCCCUAGCCCUCUGCCCCCAUAACGGAUUUGGGGUGUCCGACUGCAAGCACACGGAAGACGUGGGUGUGGUCUGCAGUGAAAAGAGGAUCCCAGGGUUCAACUUCCUCAACUCUGCAAGCAACAAUGUGGCGACGGCGAACGUGCAGGUGGAGGACGUGCGUCUCCGGGCCAUCCUGGGGGGGCAGCGGAAGCGCAUCCCGGUGACGGAGGGCUACGUGGAGGUGAAGGUCGGGGGGAAGUGGAAGCAGCUCUGCGACGAGAGCUGGACCCUGAUGAACAGCCGGGUCAUCUGCGGCAUGUUCGGCUUCCCGGGCGAGAAGAGGCACAACCCCCGCGCCUACAAGGUGUACGCGCGCCGCAGGAAGAUCAGUUACUGGGGUCACUCGGUGAACUGCACGGGGAACGAGUCGCACCUCUCUAUAUGUAGGCUGGGGGCCCCGCUCACUCUGAAGGGGAACAGCUCCUGCACUGGGACUCCGGUGGUGGCCAGCUGUGUGCCAGGGAGGGCCUUCGCCCCCACACCCAUGACCGGCUUCAGGAAGGCAUACAGGCCAGAGCAACCGCUGGUGCGUCUGAAGGGAGGGGCCCUGGUGGGGGAGGGGCGCGUGGAGGUGCUGAAGAACGGCGAGUGGGGCACGGUCUGCGACGACAACUGGGGGCUGCAGGCCGCCACCGUGGUGUGCAGGGAGCUGGGCUUCGGGACGGCCCAGGAGGCGCUGACUGGGGGCCGGCUCGGACAAGGUAUGGGCCCGGUCCACAUGAACGAGGUGGAGUGCUCCGGGUUCGAGAAGUCGCUCACCGAGUGCUUCUUCAACAGGGAAUCUGUGGGCUGCAGCCACGAAGAGGACGCGGGCGUCAAGUGCAACGUCCCCGCCAUGGGCUUCCACGAGCGGCUGCGGUUGAGCGGAGGCCGGACCCCGUCCGAGGGGCGGGUGGAGGUGCUGGCGGAGAGGAACGGGUCCCUAGUCUGGGGCACGGUGUGCAGCGACAGCUGGGGAACCACAGAGGCCAUGGUGGUGUGCAGGCAGCUGGGCCUGGGCUACGCUAACCACGCCUUCCAGGAGACGUACUACUGGUCGGGGGACGUGUCAGCGGACGACGUGGUGAUGAGUGGAGUGCGGUGUUCAGGGACGGAGAUGUCGCUGGCCCACUGUCUGCACCACGGCCAGCAUCUGGACUGUCCCAAGGGGGGCGGUCGAUACGCUGCGGGGGUGUCCUGCACCCACGCUGCCCCGGACUUGGUCCUGAACCCCCAGAUAGUAGAGGCCACCACGUAUCUGGAGGACCGGCCCAUGUUCAUGCUGCUGUGCGCCCACGAGGAGAACUGCCUCUCCAGCUCGGCCGACCCCACACGCACUGACUCCUACAGACGGCUGCUCCGAUUCUCCUCCCAGAUCCACAACAACGGCAAAGCCGACUUCCGCCCCAAGGUCGGGCAGGAUGGCUGGGUCUGGCACGAGUGCCACAGGCACUACCACAGCAUGGAGGUGUUCACUCACUAUGACCUGCUGAGUCUCAAUGGCUCCAAGGUUGCCGAGGGACACAAGGCCAGCUUCUGCCUGGAGGACUCGCAGUGUGACGAAGGCAUCUACAAGAGGUACGCCUGCGCCAACUUCGGCCCACAAGGCGUCACUGUGGGAUGCUGGGAUACCUACAGACAUGACAUCGACUGUCAGUGGAUCGAUGUCACGGACGUCAAGCCCGGAGACUACAUCCUUCAGGUCGUCAUCAACCCAAAUUACGAGGUGGCAGAGUCGGAUUACUCCAACAAUGUCAUGAAGUGCCGGUGUCGAUAUGAUGGCUACCGUGUGUGGUCGUAUAACUGCCAUAUAGGAGGGUCCUUGAGCUCGGAGGCCGAGGACACGUUCCCCGGCCUCGUGACCAACCAGGUGACCUUCAGGUAAAACGGCCCGAGGCAGACAGGAAGACCGACUGGGAGAAGGUUCUGGAAUGCGCGGCUCAACCCGACCAACAGGCCCCUGGAGUCCCCAGAACCACCGACCACUAGAGCGUCUCUCUCUUUCACAUUCUCUCUCUUUCUCUCUCUCUCUCUCCCCCUCUCCUCAUCCCCCUUUCCUGAGUGCUGCUGGACUCCUCCUUCCAGCACUCAGUCUCAGGACCACCCACCUGCUCCACUAGCCCCGCCCCCCUGCCCAAAACCCUGCCCCCACACCCCGCCCUGUCCUUCCAGAGGCCUGCAGCGACACCAGCACUCCGGUGUGAAAGACUGAUGCUGUUCUACAGCGCCCCAUAGUGGCCGAGCAGGGUAACGGCUCCUGCCUUCAAGCUGAGAUGCUCAAGGAGAAUACUACCUGUUAUCUUCAAUCGGAAAAAGGGAACUCUGAAUGCACUUUAAGUUAAGAGUGGGUUUGAGCUCCACGCUUAGCUCAAGUCAAGUGAAUUGGACCUCUACACACACACCCACACAUUGAACAUACAUAUAUAUAUACACACACACACACACACACACACACACACACACACACACACAGACAUUAAAUAUAUAUACAUACACACGAACACAAACUCACACAAUGCAAUUACACCACAUUCAGACCUUGCUGGGCGGAGAUACAGAUACGGUUUUCCUGCUUCUGAUAACGUUGAGAUCGUCUCUGGAUGGUACUCCUGGAAGUGUUGUUAGCACCUGAAUUCUGUUUUUCCCAAAGAAAUCUGAACUUUAACAGUAGAAGCAGACUCGCUGUUCCUGGAACAGAAAAACUCUGUCCCUGCUGAAAUGAUGUACUUUGGGACGUCUUAAAUAUUCAGUAUGGCUUAAAUAUUCACUUACUACAGUGUGGCUUAAAUAUUCUCAUACUACAGUAUGCGAACCCUUUUCAUAUCAGGGACACAUGCACAUACCUCAUAGUGACAGGUUUCCAGAGGGCUAAUACUGGGAAAGGCCACUGCUCAGCUUCAUAAUUAUAAUAAUUCAUCAUCAUACUCAUCCAUUUGUACUGUUCAAUGUGCAGGACAGCCACCCCAACACAUCGGAAUAGGCAGGCAUCGCAACCCUAUCUUUCAUUCUUUUCUUACACUACUUUUUUUGCUACAUUUUUACCCAUUAUGCAAAGAAAUGAGAAACAGAGAGACCGACUUAUGUAGCCCGAUGUGAAGUCUCACCUCCCUUUUUCCCCUCACAGCAAAUUCACGAGAAAAUAGCUACGGAACCCACUCUGAGAAACUUUACCGCGCUUUACUUUUGCCUGUAUUCAGCUUCGAAUGUUUAAAAAACGUGCAGCGGGUAAGUAGAGUGAAAGCGCACGACAGCGGAAAAGCUUGUUAAACAUUAAGCAGUUUAAACACGCGCGUAAACGCUGAAAUCCACAAAGCCUUACUGUGAGACUGCAAACAAGGGGAACUCCCCAAGUGUGUAGAAAUGUGCGACCGCUUCUUUGCUUUUUUUUUUAUUCUUUAAAAAAAAAAAACCUUUUGUAAAUGGUUUCAUUUUCUCCAGCUUUCUCCAUUUUUGCAUAUGUAACUUAUUGAAUGUCAGGGAGGGCAGUUUUUUUUUUUUAUAUAUAUAUAUAUUUUUUUUAUCUCGUUCUCCCGUCUGUGAAUGAGAGAUGUCGUACUUUGUGUUUGUGUCAUGGUGCUACCUUGCUGCUACUCUCUGUUUAUUUGAGGGUGCACUCUGCAGGCCCAACGGCACUCUGGGAUGCCUGUACUUGACUGGGGAGGCUGACAGUAAUACCCACAGUGUGCUUUGGAAGCCUGUUUGCUGUAAUUAAAGUAUGCAAUCAAGCAGA